AUGGGAGACGGGGGUAGUUUCGCUCAUCUCUCCCUGCAUCACCGCAAGCAGCCGCCAUCAGAAUUCUGGAGGGAUGAGCGGAACCACCCCGGUCUCCAUAAUGUACGACCGGAUGCUCCACCUGAAAUCCGUAACACCCCAGAUCCGUGGUAUGCUGCCUUCAAAAGGCUGUUCGCUUUCGUCUGGUCGAGUAAUCAGAUAGGUGUUGCGUGUUCGAUGCUGUUUACAUCCAUGAUUUGCCGAUUGCACACAUUUGGUGGUUGGACUAUUGCUGUAGAGUUAUAUGGUAUCACUGGACUCGUAUUUCUUGUGCUGUGGGAACUGUAUGCAGUCAAUAAGCCAAGACACUCAAGCUAUGUAACAGCGACCGAAUUGGAUCAUAUUCGAGGGAAAAGGCUCAAAAAAGCCAUGCUCAACAACGUGAACACACGAACACCAUUUAAAAAGAUUCUUCUUUCACCAUGCACUAUAGCAAUAUGUGCGUGCUGCUACACUCAAUCGUUCAUAGUUUCCUGCAUCACAGCCUACUUGCCAACGUUCAAUCAUGCUAUAAUGAACAUUGACAUAUUGUGGAACGGAUUUGCCUCUUCACUGCCAUUUUUCGUCCACGCCACCAGCAGUACAGUCUUCCUCUAUGGUUUCUUAACAUUGAGAAAACAUGGUAUUUCUAAGACCACUAUUAUCAAGGGCUACUCUAUUGUAGCAACCUCCGGUGUAUCAUUAUGCAUUCUUGCGUUCUUCAUACUUACGUCUGACCAAUUUCUCGUACUAGCACUUCUUCAAAGUGCCGCGUUAGGAUUUCUCUCCGCAUUUUUAGUUGGAUGUAUCGCAAGUGUAACGGCUAUAGUUCCACAGUUUACUUCAUUUGCUUUACCGUACACCGAAGUGUACACCCAUCUUGCAGCUGUACUGGCACCAGUUGCUGUUGAAAUGUUCUCGAAAACUAACGAAUUUAAACAGUGGAGUAUUUUGUUGUGCCUAUUACUCGUACUUCUGACAGGAAUUGUCUUCUCUCUAUUCGCUCAUGGUUGUCAUGAAAUCGUGCUGCAACCUUAUUCAGAACAUUUGACGAUACAAAGUCGUAUUCGUUCUCACAGAGAACUCCACGAGCAAGAGGCACUGCAACCGAUCCAGCACUCCAAAUCAUCCAUGGAACCUCCAGCAGUUACAUAUUGUGGGGGAGAAGCUUCAAUUCCUCUGAGAUAUGAAGAACUGCCGCUGGGGAGUCACAGCACUUCCAGUUCGGCUAAAUCUAUUACAUCGCUGGAACAAGCAAAGAACGAAACAAUGGUGUCUCCAUUGAUGAUCGACAUCACGUCUCCAGUCAUCUGA